AUGUACGAAGACGGCCCCAAUCCCACAAAAGUCCAGGUUACCCCCGCCUCCAAACGGGCGAACCCGCCCCCUCCGUUGGUCUUGAUACACGAUGGAGGCGGCACGACGUUUGGAUAUUUCAUGCUAGGAAGCUUGUAUCGCGAGGUGUGGGCAAUUCACAACCCUCAUUUCUUCGAUGGGGGCGCCUUUGAAGGCGGUAUGGAUGAGAUGGCGCGCUUGUACAUCCAAAACAUGAAAGACGCGGGCAUCAAAGGAAACAUCUUGCUAGGCGAAUCUCUGCUAGAGAUGAUUGUCCUCGGCUGGUCCCUCGGUGGAUAUCUGUCCCUAGCCGUUGCGCGCUUCUUGGCUGAAGACCCCGAGGCUACGAUCAAAGUGCUGGGCAUCGUCAUGAUGGACUCGCCGUAUCAUAUCCCCUACAACCAGGUCCAAGGCCUUACCGACGAUCCCGUCCUCGAAAACAUCCCCGCGCCCGUCCAAAAGUGCUUCGACCGCUGCGACGAGAUGCUUGAGGACUGGGAGGUGCCCAGGUGGGACGGGCCUGCAUGCAAUGGGAAGCCCGUUUUCUUCGGCGUUGGCGGAAGACGAUACUCUGUGGCCCCCGGAAACGUGCUGUACAAGCCCUUUGAGGGAACAUGGUCAUCGAUCGAAGUGCCAAAGUAUGAGAUAACGUCAGAGUCGCAGUCUGAAAGGACGCCAAUAACACCACCACCCACAGUCCUGAUACGGGCGACUCAAUCUAUGCCACUUCCAGAAGGCAGAACAGAGCCGUUUAUGAUAGACAAGUAUCGUGGUGAUCGUACACUGGGGUGGUCAGGCAACACCCCGGAUUUCAUCAAGGCGGUGCUUGAUGUGAAUUCGAACCACUACGAGAUGUUUGAUAGGGAGAACGAUUCGCAGAUAAAAGACAUCACUGCACAGUUGAAUCUGUCACUGGAGAUUCUAGAAAGCAUUGGAAAUACUGCAAACCCGUCUUUCGGUGGUAAGCCAAAGUUGGAUUACUUUUAA